GUUGCAUUGUUGUAUGUGAUAUGUAGCAUCCAUUGGACAACCUCAUUUAUUGAAAAAUAACUCAAUGUAGACUUUAUAUACAUACACACUCGGAAAAAAAAAUCUUCUAAUUAGAGAUUUCCUUGAUUGACUUUUGGUUAAAUUAAUGAUUAAAUAAUGAACAUUUUUUAAAGGGAUAGAAGAAAUCUUAUCGGGGUAACACUUUACAAUAAGGUACACAAAAUUACAGUAGUUAAUGAGGAACAAACCUACAUAACCCAAACUCUAACCACUACUCAUUAGUUAGUCAUUACUCCAUUGCUUCUUCAGUAACUACUCUAAAUUUAUGUUUUAUAAAUUUAUUGGACUCUUCAUGUUGGUUGAAGACAUUUCACCUUUAAUCCAAAAGACUUCUUCAGUUCUAGAUUUUAGGUGUGGAGUUCCCCUCCUCAUAUGUCGAUGGUGGCCGUGUCCCCUGGGGAUGGUCACCACGGGCUGUUGUUGUGGUGGUCGGUGUGGCCCGUGAACGUACAGUAACAAUCUUCGGGGGAGAGAUUGUCACGCUCUGUGUCUGUCACUCUGCUGCCGCCUGUCUGCCUUCUGCUUGCGGUGCACUCCGUUCUGCGGAGGCGGAGGCUCCUGAGCACACCUGCAAGCAAUUACUUGGGACCUUCUUAAGCAAGGCAGCAGCGUUACCUCCUUGCCAGAUUGUACCUCCUAAUUACCUGUUACCUGCUUCCCGCUUAGUGCGGCUCCUGUACAUUUUCCCUGCUUUCUGGUCCCUGUAUAUUCUUACUGUGAGUUUUUGCCUUGACCUGCUAUUAAGCUACGUUGCGCUGUACGCUUCCUGCUUGGGUUUGCCCGCAGUGUUUUUUUGUUGUAUUAGUGCUAGUUAUUUUCCUGUCAGCCUUUUGCUGUCAGCGUUUUCUGUUUUGAUUUGUGUUGUACUUUCUCUCUCGUGGACACCCUCUGUUAUUAUUAAAUAUUUUUGUUACUAAUUUUUUGUCGGUGUUCCUCUGCACAGGGAUCCACUCUAUUAUUGGCGUGCACCAAUCGUGACAGAGAUGUCAAGACAUGACUUUAAGUAGAUGAUAGGGGAUGGCAUAAACCUCCUUCUCUGUUCAGAGAGGGCCUUUCAAGUUUGACGUAGAUGGCACCUCUCAAACCUGUGGUCCUCCCGAUCCAAAAUAUGGAUGUCAUCGUCCUCAAAGGAAUGUCCUUUUGGAAAUGCAAAUGAUCGUCUGAAUCUAGUCCUGAAGAAACUGCCCUUAUGCCAUAUGUUUGUGUGGCAAAGGGAUUUGCGGAUUCUUAGAUUGUACUGAAUUCUAUUUCCAUGCCAGUUGUGUAUUGAGCCAAUCAGCACUGGCCAGAAGUCUGCAUGGCUGUAGCUCAACUUUCCACAGCUGAUGUCAUAUACAGUACUUCUUUAGACAGCAAACUAGUUGAGACUGAAUCAACAGCACCUCUGCUGGCUGCAGACAUGUAGUGCACUUCAUUUUGCCUUAAUUGCUUGAAGACAUGAUUAAUAGGGGUGUAACGAUUCACCACUACAUUGAUGUAUUGUUUUAUAUAUCUGUUAUCCAACUACAUCGAUCUGUGUUCAGCAAUUGCCAUUCCGGAUGACAUAUAUCGAUCUAACAUAGUUUAAAAUGUAAUCAAUCGAUUGCAUCGAUACUAUUUAAUAAAGCAUUGGAUUUAAGCACGGCAGGCUUUAUAUGAAUGUGUGUGUUUGUUUAGCACUUUUAAUGAUAAAGACGUUAAACGUUACAAGUGUAACAGUUUGAUUUGGCCUAAGUUGAUGGACCACAUCAAGUCUUACAAGUGCUUCGAAAGUUAAGUCCAACCGUAAGCCUUUCAAACUCAUGAAGAUAAAAGGUAUGUUGGAUAUGAAUUGACUAAUAUCUGCAGAUUAAAUUUUGUUAAAAUCUGUUUUGCACCGGAAUUUGUGUGUACGUGCAAUGUGUAGUGUGGUGUGGGCACUGCGGUAUCAAAUUUGCUCUAACUUCAAUACUUCACUUGAUUUAAUUCAACCUGUUAAUUCAUUCAUUGUUAAUUCAACCUGAAGUGUUGGUUGCACUUGAUUCAAAUAAAAUGUGAAUGCAUUUGCCAUUAAUUGUUGAUUACUUGUUUUUUUCAUAUCCACAAUUAAUGUAUACCUGAUUCCCUUACGGGAAUCUACGAAACUUCACCUGCACUGUCCAGUAUCCAGGUAUUUAUUUCACAGUCACACUGGUUUAAUUAUUGGCUAAAAAGUUACUGAAUUGAUUUAAAGUUACUGAAUCGUUUCGGACUGUAUCGUUGAAUGAACCAAUAUCGUCCCUGAAUCAUGUCGGCAACCAUGAAUCGUUUAUACGAAACGAAUUGUUAUUAAAACGAAUCGUUACACCCCUAAUGAGUAAUCAACAAUUAAAAUCAGUUAGACACAACAUAACAUCUGUUUGAGUCCCACCGCCAACAAUAACACUACUGUGUUUUUUCUCAUUAUUUAAAACAAGGCAUGUUAUAUAAAUAAACUCACUAUUAUCUUUACCAUUAGACAUUCUUUAUCCUUUUUUCCCCUCUUAGAAAAUGGUAAUAUGUAUGGCUGUCAAAAAUGGCACGUAAGUAAUUUAUUUCAUUAAUUCAUUUUUAUUUUUUUGUGUUAUUAACACAUACGUAUCAUGGCAAGGCACGGCUGUCUGUUAUGACGAUUGAGGCGGCACAGUGGAGCUCCCCACAGUCACACAGAGUCUGACAGUUUUAUAACUUCAUUGUGACUUGAACACAUCAACAGCAGUGCAAUUCCAACACCAUCUAUGUGUCUCCAACUGCAAACAAAAACGUCUCUAGUCCAUUCAUUGCAAUGACACUUCCUCAAUGUCAGUAGACAGACCGCGAGAUGCAUUCACAGACACUCUGAACAUCAGCGGCUUUAUUAUUGGCGUAUGUGUGGUCUAAAUAAACAGAAAUGCAAAGAAAAACAAUAAGUGGAUAUUAGCAUCACUCACUUUGUAACUCCUAAUGUGGAAGUACAAUUUGCUGCAUUUAAGUAUGCUCGGACAUCCCAGAAAAUUCACUCAAAACAUGUGAAUUAAACUUAAAUGAUGUGGUGUCUUUGAAUGCAACUCCUCAUUGUUCAUAAUAACAGUUAAAGUCUGAUUAAAAUAUUCUGCUAUUAAAGAAACCAGUGUUCGGUAAAUAGAUUUUCAGACGUGUGCCAACUCUUAACUUGAUUUAAAUUUUCAGUUAAUUUGGCGCUGUUAAUACAUACAAAUAUAUGUCAUCCUGCUCUGUCAUUUGUCUUUCUUCCAAUCAAAUACAGUAAAAAUGGGCACAUUUCCGACAUAGUGUGACAUGGUGAUUAGUCAUGAUUAAUUUUAAAUUUGAUUAAUCUGAUUAAAAAUUGUAAUCAUUUGAAACUAAACUAAACAGCACUAAAAACAAAACAAAAGCACCCUUGUUGCUAUUGACAUGACAAUGAUUUUGUUGUUUUCACAGACUGAAAAAAUAAAAGAUGUUGUUGCACACACACUUUUUUUUUUAUCUCACAGCUUCUCAUCCGUCAUGUGUGAGCAGGAGGAGGACAAUAGAGAUGUAGAGGGGAGGGGAUUUGUUGGAGACGUCACCAAACGUGCAUUAAUACUUUCUCCUCAUUUUCUGCCCCCUCUCUCUCGCUCUCUCUUUCUGUGUGUGUGUCAUACAGAGAAUAGAUCAGCCUCCAGCUCAUGUAGCUUUCACUAUUACGCCCCCUUUACCCCCCACCCCAUUUAACAGCAUUUGGUCACCUCUCUCUGCUGACAGACUUCUUCUUCAACUCCUGCCUGUCUCUCUGUGAUCCAGAUCCGCGACUAUGGGGACCAGAUAACCGCCAGGCAUUCCAGAGAUCAUGGGGAGCUGCCUCUGCAAAGCUCACAAAGUUGCAAAUUAAGUUGGCAGCGAGGACCAAAGCCAAGAUAUGCAUGCCAAGAGGCUCCAGUUUCAUGGAUGUUUGAGGAUUCAACGGUCUCUCGUCUCAUCUAAAGUGGGCCUCGCUUGACCCCUGGCCUUGAAAAUAAAUAGAAAGAAAGCGGUUGUGUUAUGAAGAGCUCCACUAUCCCAUGACAGUGAUACAUGAGGGUCACCCUGCAGACCCCACCAAGGAUGGCCAGGCUCCGUCAAAUGGCACAGCCGCAGAUAAAAGCGAGCACUAUGGAAUUGGCGAGCUGGCCACCUCCUCUCUGUUAGGUCUGGUGGCCACGAUAAAGGAACACAUCACCAAGCCGACAGCCAUGGCCCAAGGAAGAGUUGCUCACCUGAUUGAGUGGAAAGGCUGGGGAGGAGGAGGCGGGGUAGGAGGAAGAGGCGGCGGCAAGGCUGGAGGAGGCGGAAGCUGGGGGGCGGUGGGCGCCGAGCUGCAGGAAGACGAACAAUUUUACUCCCAAAUGACGGAUGAGAUCAAGGAAGCUCGCUUUGCUGCUGGUGUGGCAGAGCAGUUUGCCUUGGCUGAGGCUGCUAUGACCGUGUGGUCCAUGAACGACAGCUUAGAGCAACCUUCUACCAGCUUGCAUGCAGCACAAAGCCCCUUCUUGUCUCACUUCCUGCUGGACGGUGGAAGCGUCGGCGUCCCGCAACACCUGUACAGCAUCCAUGCCCAGACAUACAGUAACAGCCAGCUAACAGGCCUGGUGGCCCCCUCACAGCCACCACCACCACCAAUGGCGUCCAUUAGUCCAACGUCCAUCAGACAGCAGGAGAGGAUUUCUACCAGAACGGACAAAUGCACUGUCACUGCAGAGGCCACCGUACGACACAUAGACAGCAGCUCCUUGUCUGAGGAUGAUGUUUUUUAUAAUUAAAGUAGCUUAGCAUUCCAAAUAUCUGGAUUUGGGUACAGCACCAAUGUGGUUAGCAUGUUGGCCACACAGUCAGAAGAUCUGGGUUUGAGUCUCCGUUUGGAGACACAUCUCUGUGUGGAGUUUAUAUGUUCUCAUGUUUGCGUGCGUGCGUGGAUUUUCUCUGGGUACUCUGGCUUUCUCCCACAUUCCAAAAACAUACAUGUUACUCUAAAUUGUCCAUAGGUAUGAAUGUGAGAGUGAAUGGUUGUUUGUCUAUAUGUGCCCUGCGAUUGUCUGGCGAACAGUCCAGGGUGUACACCGCCUCUCGCCCGAAGUUAGCUGGGAUAGGCUUUGACAUAUGACCUUAGUGAGGAUAAGCGGCAUAGAAAAUAAAAAAUAGAUGGAUGGAUGGGUUUAGCACCAGCAGUGACUAAAAAAACCCAUCAAAACUCUUUCAAUGGCCUUUAGAUAAAAGACUUUGAAGAAUAUGUGUGAAUGUAUACAGCAGAUGCUGAGCUACAUUUAACUUUUCUAUUGAGUGUACAUCAGAUAGCAUACUAUUUUCUUGUAUGUUGAACUUAGAGGCAAUCAGAAGUGUUGUAGAUAUCUUGGACUAAAACCACCUGUGUGAUAUGAGCUGGUUGUUUUCAUCCACUAAUCCUUCACACUGGCUCAAUGAAUAAUUGUCAUGGGCUGCCACUGUGGCAUUCAAUCACCAGCAAGAUCAACAUACACCAUUUGAGAUCUGAGAGAGAAGAGAAGAAGCCUUCGAUAUAAAGCCAAUAAUCUAUUUGAGCUGCUGCGUACAUGCAGUGUGUAUUUCAACACGUACUGGACAGACAUGUCAUUGCUACCUGUCAUAGUGACACUCUACCAUCUUCUUGUGUCCUUUUGUUUCCACACCAAAUAGAAGAAUGGUGUUCGGAUGAGUCGCUGAAAAGGUCAACAAAAGGCUGUGUGAUGAUGUCCAUCAUGGAAGAAAACCAGCAGAACCAUCUACUGAUUUGAGAUGGCUUCAUUGAAUUAUUGCACAACAACAGAAUGGCCUUUUUAGGAGAGAACGAUAACUCACUGGUGUCAGCGGUAAUUGUCAGUCGUUGGCUGAAAGAUUUGCACUUAAUAGAGUAAGCUGACAUCAUUCGCCUACAUUUUUAUAGAUAAUACAAGUGUCAAAACCUUCAAGAGCAGGCAGUUAUGGGUAGAGGACUCACACUGGGUAAUUAAGUUGGUAUAAAAUGGGACACUUCACAAUGUGACUUUAUGAAGAAGUAUGCUAAAAACAGAGAAAUGUAUGAGACAGCUGUGAGUGACAGCCAUGAGCGCCAGUCCUCUUAUUUGGGCUGAACAAUUUUUAUUAAAUUUAAUUUGUAAUUGUGAAAAACAGACUUUUUUUACAAUCUUUUCUUUUAAACCACUAAGGGUAACAUACGCUCACCAGUUGUGUUCUUAUAUUGUUUUGUUUGCCGGUAACAUACAUACACAGGCAUUAAGCAUCAAACAAUUAUGAAUAAUUAGUUGUAAUAAUUUACAGGAAUUCAGUCAUAAUAUUAUACAUUACAACUUUAUUCUGAAUUCAUGAAUGCAUGGUCUGU